GCUAAUCCGGGAGAAAGAGGGCUUUCUGUCACGUGAUGCCGUAGCGACCGCCAUGUUGAGAAGGUGGUGGUUUUAGGACGUGGGCGGGGAGAGUUGAAACUUCGACCUUGGGAACCUUUUCUGCUCUACUACCUGCGCUCCUGCCCUUUGGACCGUAGCUGUUCGGCUCGUUUUCUUUCCCGACCUCUGACCUUCGCUGGCACCUUGACUGGGCUCGGCGUGACUUUUGACCUUUACCCCCUGACCUCAGGGAUGCUUCAUAGGAGGCCCCUUCCUGCUCUAACGACCCCCUCACUUGAACUCUUUUCUUCAAAAGCCACCCCUCCCUGGUCUUAUUACCCUCAAAACUCCCACUCCAGGACCUUUGCUUGGCUCCCAUACUUCUUGCUUCCCAUCCCUGAGCCCUUCCACCACCCUUUAAACCUCAGAAUUUCUUUAUCUGAGCUCCCCGAGACCCUGAUCCCAGCCCCUGACUCCCCCCCCACCCAUUUUUUCUGACCCCUACAAUGCUUCCAUUGGGCCCCUGAGCCCCUCCUUCAGUCUGUUGGAGUCCCCCAACAAAGUCUCUGCUGUCACCCCUGGAGUCUCAGAGGUCCCAGCUCCUCAAAAUGGCUGCCCAGGGAUCUCUACCCCCCUCCCCACCUCCUCUGCCCCUACCUGCCCUUGCUGCAGCUCCCCCUCAUGUCUUUGGGCUGGAGAAGAGCCACCUCCUGAAGGCAGCCUUGGAGAGGUCUGGGCCAGGGCUGGGGGCCCUCCAGGACAUCAAACGGCUCUUAAUGCUACAGAAGGACCGUUUCAGGAGCGACUUGAAGUGGAUUCUGUUCUGUUCUGACGUGCCUUCCCUCAUCCAAGAAGGGCCUCAGUGUGGGCUGGUGGCCCUGUGGAUGGCAGGCUCUCUGCUGGCUCUCCCCCAGGAAGUCCCCUUAGAGAAGAUUGUGGCUGUGGCUCUGGAGAGAGGGUACACAGCUCAAGGAGAGAUGUUCUCAGCAGCCAACAUGGCCCGGCUGGCUGAAGAAGUCUUUGGAUGCCAAGUGGAGCUGCUAUCUGGGGGCCUAGGGGAGCCCAAUCAGAGCCAUGUCUUCCAGCACCUCAUCUCUGGCUGCCCACUGCUGGUCCCCUACGAUGAGGAUUACAACCAUGAGCCCUGUAAGAAGAAGGGGCACAAAGCCCAUUGGGCAGUUGGUACAGGCCUCCUGCUUGGGGUUCCUAGUCCCACACUGAGCUCAAGUUAUAAGGAGGACUCGGAGUUGAAGGGCCUAUUCUACCCAGCAUCUGACAAGCCCCCUCUCUUGCCUGAAGAUCCCCCUGAGGCCACCUACCUCCUCUCUAAGCAGGGCAAGAGCUGGCAUUACCAGCUCUGGGAUUAUGAACAACUUCGUGAGAGUAAUCUGCAGUUGACUGAUUUAGCCCCAGUCAGGACCACAGAUGGCAAGGUCUACGUGGUGCCUGCUGGUGGGGUGAGCGAGGGCCUCUGUGGCCAUACCCUGCUGCUCCGACCCUAGGAUUUGGGGCCAUCCCUGGGAGUCAUUGACCUGGCCUAGAAUCCUGUUCAACCAAGGACUCUUUGUGAUGCUGAGCUCCUCCCUCCUUGUCUUCAGCCUUUGGUGUAGGGCAGAGAACGUUAGACCUGGAGACUGGAGGCUUGGGCCCUUGACCCCUUUCAGCUAGGGACAACACCAUGGAGCUAUGCUUUUCUCUGGGACUUCGUUUCCCCCUUUUUGGAGGUGAGGAUCAAAGGCAAAAGUGGUUUCAGAGACUGCCACCAUCCCAAACUGUAAUCAGCCUUUCUCUGGCAAUCUGGAUUCCUGGAGGAGGGAACUCAGCAUAACUCGAAACGUGUGGAAAACCAUGUCACUUUAUUUAAGGGACUAGAGAGGCCCCUGCCUCAUCCCAUCCUUUCCAGCACCAGCCCCCCCUCUAUAAAUAAGUAGGAAGAACAUAUACCCCUUGUCCUCUCUCCAUCUCCCCCUAGGCCGGGGGGUGGGAGGAUUCAUUAAGGCUAGACUCUGGGGAGGCAGCCGGUAUGUAGUGAAAAGAUAGCAGUGGGGGUUGAACCCCCAGCUCUACCCCUUCCCAUAACUCCAUUGGAAGGAAAAUGGGAGUUGGACUGGAUCAGCCCCUAAGGCCCUGUCAAACUCCUGGGUAAAUCCAGGCCCUCCCCAACUCUUCCUUGGGGAUCAAGGAGAUAAGGGACAAAACCCUCUCUCCCCUUUCAGGUCCGUGGACUGAGGAGUCUUUGGUUCUUGUGUUCAGAAGGGGGUCAGGGUUGGUACUGACACUGCUGGUGUGCCCCCACUCUGGCUGAAGGCUGAGCUGAAGGCCUGGGAAUCUGUACUAUAGGCCAUAGUGGUCACACCCUCUUCUUCUGUGCAGGGAGUAUAGGAGACGCCCUCGUCCAUCCCACCCCCAGCCUCUUUCCCUCCAAUUCCAAUCUAGGAAGGACAGGCCUUUGGUAGGAUGAACAAGGCAAAGGGUUAACCCUGAGGGCUGGCGGCAGAGCCCAGAAGGAGGUUAGAUAGCACCUCCACCACUGUCACCACCAGUGGUUCAGGAUGUAAGGAAGAGCCUAGAAAUCUCUUGUGUUGACAUCGUCACUGAGGUUCUUUGCCCCCUGGCCCCCAACUGGUGAAAGGCCCUUAGGAGGGAGGCCUCUGCCCACAGGUUGCCCCACAGCACAGCAAGCAGCCCGUCUUGGGGCCCUGGCAUCUCACACAUACAAAGUCACAGGAUCUCAGCAGAGCUGAACAUACAUGUGCCCAUCACACCCUGGCACUGACAGCUCCUCUGCCCCCUUUGGUUCCACAGCUUGGGUCCCCCUAUUGAGAAUGGGAGGGGUCAUCAGAAAUGGGAUGUCCGUUUCAAGUAGCAUCCCCUCCUUCCUUUCUUCCUUUGGGUUCUGCCGGGCUCCUGUCUAAUAGCUUAAAUACCUUCAAAUAAAUAAAUCCCAAGGUGGGAGCAGCCCCCAAUUCAGUCCUGCCCCCUGUGAGUCUCUGGCUCAGCUCAGGGCCAGGCUGUCCAGAAGCUGGAUGAUGUUGUCCAGGCCCCACAGGUACCCAUCUUCACGGUUGCCUUCUUCCCAGGGCAGCCGAUGGCUGAGAGUCUGGGGUGCAGGCAGGGGAACUGUCUUGCCAAAGUCAAUCAUCCAGACCUUCGCCAGGCCCGUCUGGUCAUGGACAAAGAGAAGUGAGCUGCCCACCACCUGGAGAGGGAAGAGGUUACAAGGAGGCCAUGUUAGGGAGGAAGCUGGGAGCAGAGACUCGAGACAGAGGCCAUAGUGCAUCCCCCUCCCAUCCUAAAGGCCCAAAAGCCUGCCCAGGGAACUGCUGAAGGUCACUCAACUGGUCAGUAAGGCAUUAGAAAGAUGAAUGCUGCAAGUGGGAGCUGCCUUAGCAAUCUACUCAAGAAAGUGGUGAGGGGAAAGGGAAAAAUAGGGAGCAGAGGGCCAAGACCGUAACAGAAUAGGGAAACUGAGGCACAGAGAACCAGCCAAGGAGCUGUUGCCCUCCAAACUCUGUAAGUGCCUUCUUAGCAAUGAGGAUACAGCAUAGAAAUGAAUGACAUGCGCACAUAUGGCAGGCUAGAAGCCCAGCCUCUGCGCACUGCUAUGUGGCUCUGCUCUAGAAUUCAGUGUCCAAGAGUCCGAUGUUCACCUCAUGAGUCCGGAAGAAGGGGGAGGUUUCUAGGGUUCCUCGAAGCUCUUCUAAACGUUCCACGUACUUCCUCUGUGGAGAAAGGGAAGACUGGAGGUGGAGGCAUGCCUUGAUGUUUCCCUAUCUGGCUCCCCCAAACCCAGGAAGUCUCUAAAAUUGUCCAGACUCCCUCCUGUUUCUCAGAGAAGAAACCCUGGAUUCUGAAUGUAUUCACUCAGGACCAGAGCUCUACAACUGCGAGGGGCUUCAGAGAUCAGCCAGUCCAACCAUUUUACAGAUAAGGAAACUAAGGUCCACAAAUAUGUGAAGACUAAAUUCCGUUAUUAGGGCUAGAAUUUGACCUGGAGUUUGAAGUGGAUGGGAAGGAGGAAAACCAAGCUUAACUCACCAGAAGGCUGCGGUCACCAUCCACAAAGUCCUCCAGGGCUCGGGUGACCUGUUCUGUCCCCUGUGUCUUCUUGAAAUUAGUGUUACAGGUCCCAUCGGCCUUCUGAGGGAGCAGAGGACACAAGGCCAAUUCCAGAACCAUUCCCCACCUGGCCCCAACCACAUCAGACUGCUUUAGGAUUAGGGUAUCUGUGCAAACAAGUGUAUCCCCCCCCCCACACACACACACACUCUCAGCCUUCAUCCAUUCCACACAGACCCUUACACCUGGGGAGCCAGGAAUGCCAGCCAUCACGGGAAUGUCUGGGAGCUUGGGUGAGGUUGGGGGCUUCUCCUACCAUUUUGAUAACUGAAUUUCAAUUCUAAUUGGUUUCCUUUGUAAUCUUAGGGACAGAAUACUCUGUGCAUUUAAAAAUGACCUUUGGAGGUGUCCAAGAUGCAAAAAAAGAUAAAGGUGCCUUCUAGUUGGGGAAAAGGAACCUUUGUCCUCAGUAAUUCACAUGUAAUUACCCAGAUUUCUGUAACAUUUUAAAGUUUGCAAAAUAAAGCACUAAUCCCCAUUUUACAGAGAAGAA